GGGAAGGAGAGAGGGCUGGCCUCCCUUUCCCUCUCGCUUGUGUUCUCCAGCUUCUGAGUUCUGGGGAGCCCCUUUUUCCAUCCUCCAGCGCGCCCGCUCAGCCUCUGGGGCAUGGCAGUGGGGUGGGGACCGGUUGGGCUGAGCAAGGGUGGAGAGCGAGGCGGGUGCCAGAAUUCUGGGUUCCGACUCCAGCCCUGCCCGACCCACAGACGACGAGAGGACACCGGCGCUCGGGCUCCCGGUGCCGGCAUCAUGAGGCCUCUCCUCGCCCUGUUGCUCCUGAGCCUGGCGUCCGGCUCGCCCCCACUGGAAGAUAACAAGAUCCCCAGCUUGUGCCCGGGCCACCCGGGCCUUCCAGGCACACCGGGUCACCAUGGCAGCCAGGGCCUGCCUGGCCGCGACGGCCGCGAUGGCCGCGACGGCUUGCCCGGGACUCCCGGCGAGAAAGGCGAGGGCGGGAGGCCGGGACUGCCGGGGCCGCGUGGGGAACCCGGGCCGCGAGGAGAGGCGGGACCCAUGGGGGCAACCGGGCCUGCAGGCGAGUGCUCUGUGCCUCCGCGCUCCGCCUUUAGCGCUAAGCGCUCUGAGAGCCGGGUGCCUCCGCCUGCUGAUGCGCCCCUACCCUUUGACCGCGUGCUGGUGAACGAGCAGGGACAUUACGACGCCACCACCGGCAAAUUCACCUGCCAAGUGCCGGGGGUCUACUACUUCGCAGUCCAUGCCACCGUCUACCGGGCCAGUCUGCAGUUCGAUCUGGUCAAGAACGGCGAGUCCAUCGCUUCUUUCUUCCAGUUUUUCGGAGGGUGGCCCAAGCCAGCCUCGCUCUCCGGGGGUGCCAUGGUGAGACUGGAGCCAGAGGACCAGGUGUGGGUGCAGGUGGGCGUGGGUGAUUACAUUGGCAUCUAUGCCAGCAUCAAGACAGACAGCACCUUCUCUGGAUUUCUUGUCUACUCCGACUGGCACAGCUCUCCAGUCUUUGCUUAGUGCCUACUGGAAAGUGAGCUCCCGCUCUCUUCUACAAGAGAAGGGUGUAACACUGACAGCGGCACAUUCGGGAGGGCUGGCCCCCCCGGAAUAUUGUGAAUGACUAGGGAAGUGGAGUAGAGGCCUCUCCGUCCUGUGGCAAGAAAUGGAGACCCAGGCUGUCUGAGGUCUGGUGCUGGCAGCAUGGGGCAGUGGCUGGAUUUCUGCCCAACACUAAAGGAAUGUACUGCACUAGCAAAUGUGGGUCCCCCUGGUUGCUCUGGCCCAAGGUGGGGUGCUCUUUUCCUGGUCCUCUGCUUCUCUGCAUCCUCCUCCAUCCCUCCUGCUUCAGGGACCAACACUUUUCUCAGAGAUCAUUUAAUAAAUUUAACAAACCCUCUUA